AUGGGGAAUUCACAUUCGAAUGGGACAAAUCUGAUGAGCUCUGAUAUCGAGCGAUUGAUGAGAGAAACUGGAUUCUCUCGUGAUCAACUCAAACAUCUUUAUGUUCGUUUUUGUUACAUCGACAAAAAGGGUCGAGGAUAUUUGACGCCAGAAGAUUUCACUGCAAUUUCUGAAUUGACACUAAACCCGCUUGGAGCAAGGAUUGUUGGCACGCUUUUCACUCAUGCCGGCUGUGAAGAGCCAAAAAUGGUUUUUCGUCAAUUCGUGCACGUUCUCUCAACUUUUCGCCCAAUCGACAACCAUUCGAGAACACUCGUCAAUGCAAAGAUCCAAAAGAUGAGAUUUGCUUUUGAAAUCUGUGAUGUUGAUGGGAAUGGGUAUAUCACGAGGAACGAUUUUCGAAAGACAUUGGCAAAAGUGCUUGGGACAAAGAUACCGAUUGAUCGAAUUGAUCAAAUCUUUGACUUGUCAAUCUCUGAAUCCGACGGUGAUCAAGAUGAGAAAAUCUCGUUUAACGAAUUUUGCAAAGCAAUGGAUAAUGUGGAGGUGGUGAAGAGGAUGAGUAUCUACCUA